AAUACCACUAUCAUAUAAGUCACUGGUGAUUGUCACCGAAAACGCACCUAAGUGUCUCGAUACUUGCAUCCAUUGAUGACAUUUUUAGUAAAAUCAAAGGUUUUUCUUCAGUUUCCGCUGAAGAAUGUAAUGAUAUACCGUCAUGCAUUGCUUAAAACAAAUAGUAGGCAAUUUGCUUCGACCGCGAACAGAGAUCGGUUGGACUUAGAGGCCAUCUGUAGGAGCGGACAUAUCCCGAAGAGAUUUAAUUUUGCUCGCGAUGUAUUCGACAGACAUGUUGUAGAGAGACCGUCUGCUACAGCUCUGUGGUUCGACAAUGAUACAUCAGAGCAUAAAUUCACCUUUUCGGAAUUGAAGAGGGAAUCAGUUCGAGCAGCUGUGGCAUUGGGAAAUAUUUUAGAAUUGUCGGAACAGUCUAAAUGUCAUACAUCUCCAUACAUUCUAGUAAUUCUACCGCGAGUUCCAGAAUGGUGGUUCCUACAUCUAGCAGCAAUUCGCAUGGGAAUAAUUUUCUGUCCAGGAACGACUAUGCUAACUUCGCAAGAUAUACAAUAUCGUCUAGAAGCAUCCCAAGCAAAGGCGGUGAUUACCGACUCAAAAAAUAUGUGGAAAAUAGACGAAGCUGUUAAGGGACUGAAAGAAUCCAGUUCCUUCUCGCCACCCCUUUUGAGGAAAAUUACCGUUUCACCGUCUCAUGGCGACUUGCAAAACGAUUGGCUCAAUUACGAUGAUUUAAUUAGCAAAGUGAAUGCCGAUCAAGUUACCGAUUUUAACGAUGCAGACAUGGACAGCGAAUCAAUAGCACAGAUUUAUUUCACUUCUGGAACAACCGGAAAACCAAAAAUGGUGGCACACUCGCAGGUAUCGUACGGAAUCGGUCAUUACAAGACUUCGGCAUUAUUGGAUCUAAAGCCGAAUGACGUUAAUUGGUGCAUAGCAGACACUGGCUGGGCAAAAUCGUCAUAUUCGAAUUUCUUUGCGCCUUGGAUCACUGGUUGCACAGUUUACAUUCAUCAGAUGGAACGAUUUGAGGCUCGGAAAAUUUUGGAAGUUUUGCAUACAAAACCGAUCACCACUUUCUGCGCCCCACCAACAAUGUACAAAAGUUUGAUUCAAAUUCCCGACGAACACUUGUUUAGGUUUCACAGCAUUCGAUACUGUGUUGGGGGUGGUGAAGCUGUCGGUGCAGAGGUUGCCAAAGUGUGGAAGCAAAAAACAGGAAUUAUCCUGCACGAAUUGUACGGACAAUCAGAGAUGACUGCCAUAGGAGGAUGGGCACCCGCAAGAGAAGGAAGCAUGGGAAUUCCGAAUAAAGAUCCUGGCUACGAUGUCGUGAUUAUUGAUGACGAAGGAACUGAGGUUCCCCGAAACACGGAGGGAAAUAUCGCUUUACGCGUUAAACCGAAUUGGCCUGUCGGACUGUUCAAAGGCUACAUGAAAGGUGGACCGAACGGUCCCGAGUUCGAUAAGGAAAAGAAUGAUUCGUGUUUCAUUGGAGACUUUUACAACACCGGUGAUCGGGCGUACAUGGACAACGACGGAUCCAUUUUUUAUGUGGGCCGAUCAGAUGACGUUAUUAUUUCGGCUGGAUACCGAAUCGGUCCGGUUGAAGUAGAGAGUGUCCUGCAAACUCAUCCCGCAGUCGUUGAAAAUGCAGCCGUUGCCAGUCCAGACGAGGUGCGUGGAUCGAUUGUGAAAGCUUUUAUUGUACUCGCGGAGCAGUAUAAGAAUCACGAUCAGAAUCAAUUAGUCGAAGAACUGCAAGCGUUUUUCAAGCGUGCAACGGCCCCUUACAAAUACCCGAGGAAAAUUGAAUUCGUCGAAUCACUCCCGAAAACUAUUAGCGGAAAAAUUUUGAGAAGAGAACUGAAGAAGUCGGAGGAAGAGAAAUACAAGCAAAAAAAGAGAAACGAUUGAUGGGCGAGGGUGGUAGAGCAUCAAAAUGUAGUCUGUACUUAUUUUCGAACAAAUAAAUAUUUUCAG